AUGAGGCCGCACGAUGAGAAUAAGGACAUGGUUCUGCUCAGGUAUUAUACCAAGUACUUUCCACACGUGCUGUUUGUUAGUACGGAGGAAAUGGAGGCGUUUGUGAGCAGUUUAGAUCCGAAAACAGUUUUAAAUCAAGUGGAGGAUGGCGAGGACCCACCAGAGUCAACGGAUCCACGGGAACAUAUGUACAUCCUCAAGAACCUUGUAGGGCGAAAUCCGACCACCGCAGCGUUUGUGGCUGUUCGGGGGUCGAAUCCGACGGAAAAAGUCGUUGUCAAGUUUGUGAUGCUCAGCGACGAGAAGCAAACCUCCUACGCCCGCAGCGAGCUUCACUGCCUCGCCGCCUGUAGCCAUUUUGGUAUUGUCAAGCACUAUGACGACUUCAAAUCUGAAGAUAAGGUGCUUCUCAUCAUGGAGUACGGCAGUGGUGGAGACCUGAACAAGCAGAUUAAGCAACGACUCCGGGAGCGGCUUCCCUUCAAGGAGCAUGAGGUAGGACUCCUCUUCUACCAAAUCGUUCUAGCGCUCGACGAGGUUCACAGCCGACGUAUGAUGCACCGCGAUCUUAAGAGCGCCAAUAUAUUUCUCAUGCCAACUGGAAUCAUCAAGCUCGGAGACUUCGGGUUUUCAAAGCAGUAUAACGACUCUGUUUCACUGGAUGUGGGCUCUUCCUUCUGCGGGACGCCAUAUUAUUUGGCCCCGGAGCUGUGGGAGCGUAAACGUUACAGCAAGAAGGCGGAUAUGUGGUCGCUGGGAGUCAUCCUGUACGAGCUUUUGACGUUGCACCGCCCGUUCAAGGGACCUUCGCAGCGCGAGAUCAUGCAGCAAGUGCUGUACGGCCGCUACGACCCUUUCCCUUGCCCCGUCUCCAACAGCAUGAAGUCUCUGCUGGAUACGUUGCUCUCGAAAAACCCGUCCGAACGCCCCACCACACAGCAGCUCCUUCAAACGGAUUUUAUGAAGUAUGUCGCGAAUCUCUUUGAGGAGAUCGUUACCAACUCGGAUGCUAUCAAACCGUCACAUAGGAAGGAAAUUGUUCGGCAACUCGCCGCAAGCCGUAGCAAGAUCCCGGUCCACCAGCCCGCUCGAGCUGUCGGUGGCGCUGCUGACGUCGUUCACGAGGGCUACCUGUUCAAGUACAGCUCAGAUUUUAAAUGGAAAAGACGAUACUUUUCAAUUAAAAAUAAUAUACUGCAGAUUUCUAUCUCGGACAAGCCAGAGAACGACUCCGUGCCGCCGAAAUCGACGGGACUAGAAGCCAUCAGUGAUGUUUUUCCAGUUCCGGAGGCGUACUGUCGCUCCCACCCUAAUCAGCUUGUUAUUUGGUUUACCAAUGGUCAAAAAAUUAUUGCCAUGGCGAGUUCACCUGAGGAUCGUGAUACCUGGCUCUCUAAAAUUCAGUCAGCAUGUGGGAUGUGA